AUGGCGUUUGCUGGGACAAAUUUUAGUUUGUCGGAUACCACGCAGAAACUAAUGAAGCGCAUAGAUGACCUGAAGCAAGAAAUCGCUGCUUGGGGGAAGCGGAUUCGACGAUUUAGCGAGAGGUCAAGGCGGUUCAACCAGAAUCGUCUCUUCCAGAGUGAUCAGAAGAGGCUCUAUAAAUCAUUGGAGCGACCAGAGGUAUGUGGAGCGGGCCCAGGACCGGAUCAGGCUGACACUGACGCAUUUUGGCGUGGCCUGUGGUCAGAGCCCGUAAACCACAGCGAGGGCCCUUGGAUGGAAGUUGUGGCGAGCCAGAGUGCAAGUGUUAGGCCUAUGGAUCCCGUCACCAUAACGCCUGAAGACGUGGCUGAGGCGGAUCAAAACAGUGACUUAUUUGCCAUGGAAAGUUUAGUGGAAUUUUACCAACAAGAGUCUGUGAGACAAAUACCUGUAUAUAUUCCAAUUCAUCGGCAAGAUGAUAUUGAAAACAUGAUUUCAAAUUUUUUGGAAGAUGACCUGCAGGACAAUCAAGCUCCUUAUGUAGUAAUACCCAGGGGGACCGGUCUCAACCACGUGAAUGGAAGACGGUAG